AACAAAGUAGGUGGUAAACAACGAUUUCAGGAAGGAUUUCUGGUCGGAGCGAAGUGACGAUGCAACCUGGGAAUAGGUAAUUCCGUCGCAAACAAUUCCAAUGCCUAGAAGGUGUCCAUCGCACAGAAAUGGCAGCCCUUUUUGCUGCCGCCCGACCCGUGGCGGUCCGAAGUGUUUCCAACAGCGUGCGGCUUGUGGGAUGCCACCGGAACAGCAGUAACAUUAGCGCGAUCGAUUCCUUUAUCAGUGACCUGGUGGAUAACAAGAAGCUGAAAUGGAAAGUACUCAACAGUCGACAUCGGAAUGGUCAGGCGAAAGCCGUGGAAGAGCUACCAAAGGAAACCACAGUGGACCGAGAUGGACCUGCUCCAGCCCAACGGACUUCAUUUAACUUGAGCGGACUCUUCACCGAGCUCACCCAAAACCCAUUGGUGGUCAAUAUUAGCUCGAUGGAUGUUCCGCAGGUGGACCAUCUCAUUGAGACGGCUUUGGCGGAACAGAAUGAGGGAGACGUGAAGCUUCUGCUGGAACAAAUUGUCCAGUACCGGAAGAUUCCUUCAAUGAAGGUUGUGGACAAAGUGUUACGGCAUGUAGCCGACUUGGCUGAAACGGACAAGCUGGCAGACUUAAUCGAACUCUUUGCUAGCCGUUCCAUUGGCAAGGAUGCCACACCGGUGCAGAAAUUCGACCACUACAAAGCAUUGUGCCUGUGGAAGGCAGGCAAUACACUGAAAUCCUUGGAAUCGUUUCGGGAAAUCGCAAAAGGCAGCCCGAGGCCUGAGGAUCUAUUCCUGGUUGAUCAAAUCUUGCGCGAACUGAUCGAUGAAACGAUCGGCAAGAAAAGUGAAGCCGUUUUGCUAGCUGUGAUGGGGCUCUGUGAGUACUGCCUAACGGAACUGCGUCACGAAUUUCCCAUCUGCUACGUGUGGGAGAAAAGCUUUCACAGUACCUGGCACAGCGAUCAAGAGGCAGCGCGGACUUUGUUCGAUCGACAUGUUGCUCUCAGGGUGGCCAUCAGUAAAAGAGUGAGCAACCUUUGUUAUAAGCUGUUAUAUGAUAACAACGUGGAAAAAGUCUACCAACUGAUGGAACACUUUCUGAAGCACAACAUGAAGCCGGAAUGUACCCAUAUACUUAUUCGUUUGUUCGAUUAUCAGUAUUGGAGGAAAAACCUGAGAGGAUGUUCGGAAAUCAUGCAGAAUGCCGUCGAUCUUGACAUCUCUCUGCCGGAGCUGUACAAUCGUCGAUUACUGGAGCUACUGCUGGGCCGCGCUUCGUUAGAUCCAUCCGUUACCGGGGCAUCGAAAAAGCCGAUUGUACCGAAAACAAGAAAAUACGAACUCAAGUUCUAGAUAUAGCAAACGUAACCUUGCGGUGUUUGGACGAUGUUGGUGAGCUACGUGUAAGCUACCUCGCUAGUCUGUUAAUGGUGUGUUUGGAAAAGUUUUAAAUAGAGUAGAAGACAAACCUAA